CUCUGUUCAUUCUUCAGCUGAGUUCUUAGUGAGAAUACAAUACCAGACCAGAGCAGACAGGAUGGUUCUUACUCUGCGGUGUGUGCUUCUGUUGCUUCUCAUUUGCCCGACUGUGUUUGCAAGAUGCUCCAAAGAUCUGGAGUCUAAAAGAAAACGCGAAAUUAUCAAGAAGCUCUGCGACCUGGGUGAACUGCGGCCGGUGAGAUGUGCGACCGAGGCGGAAAAUAUGAAGGUCCAAAAUCCAAACUUCCCCGAACAGGAGGGGAGCAGGCUGCUGGUGUUGGAAAUGUCAUAUCGGAUUGUCUCUGAUCUCCUGAUGAAGAACGCGUCCACCGAGUGGAAGUCCAGUGAGCUGCAGCAGUUACGGGAUUUACUCGGAUACCAGAGACAAUUCUACACAACAUGUUUUCCGGUUGCCAGCUCUGCUCGUGCUGAGGAAGUGGAAAUCUGGAGCGCUUUUUGGAGCAGUCUGGCUAAUUUUCUGUCAGAGAAGAGUUUCAGCGCGUGCGCGUGGGAAAGCGCGCGCCCAAUCAUUCUAAAGGUCAUGCGCAAGUUCUACAGAUUCACUACAGAACCACGGAGACCCAUUAGAAGCCGUUAAUGUCUACUGUGACACUGUUUGUUUGUUUAUUUAUUUAUGGUACUUAGCACAUUAAUUACUAUACAGCAUGAUAAUGAUCAUCAUGUAACUAAUAAACGUUUUCACAAUAGAGACGUAUGUCCUGUACUAAUCAACUACUAUUAUUUUAACCUUUUUUCUUUUUUUUUCUUUC